AUGGAUCCCAGUCAGUUCGCGACAUCCAACCGGGGGAAAGUAGCGGUGGUUACUGGCGCCGGACGAGGUGCAACGCUCGCCUUGAUCGACGUCGACGUUGAGGCUCUCGAAACUACCAAGGCCGCCGCUCACAAUGUCCAGGAUCGUCAGUCCCACGUCGAGACCUAUGGAUUGGAUAUCACCGACCCGGGCGCUGUCCAGUCCACGUUCAAGUCCAUCGCGGCCACCCUCGGCCGCGUGGAUAUCCUCGUGAACAACGCCGGGAUUACUCGCCUCCACUUAUUUGCGGAGGAAGAGGGCUUCGACGACUUCUGGAGGACGGUGGAAGUCAAUUUCAAGGGGACCAUGCUCUGCAUCCACGCUGUUCUUCCCGGCAUGGUCGAACAGAAAUCAGGCUGUAUCAUCAAUAUGGCCUCGCGGGCAGCAACGGUGGAUGGGCCGAAGAGUGUGGGCUACAACGCGAGCAAAGCCGCACUGGUCCGCGCCACUGGAAGUCUCCAGGAAGACCUGGCGUCCAUGGGCCUCGGAGAGCAGGUGCACACUUACUGUCUUCAUCCGGGGAGCGUGUGGGGAGACAUUCUCACUGGGAAUACAACGGCUGAGCAGCAGGAGCAGCUCCCGCCCAUCUUCAAGGACGUCCCCGAGCUUGCGGCUGGGACGGUGGCGUAUCUUUCCACUGGCCGCGGCAAGGCGCUGCGAGGAUUGUAUUUCGACUGCCGCCAGGAUAUUGAGCGGGUGGCUAGUUUUGGGCGCGAGACUCUACAACGGGCUGGGUUGUAUAGCUUAGCGACGAGGUUUUCUUGCCUGGAUAUGAGAAUGAACCCUGAUCUCUCCUCAGCUGGUCGACUACUACUCUACUACUCUACUCUACUACUUUACUACCAGCUCUGGUCUCUGGACAAGAGUCUGCCACCGGCCGCGGGCGAUGACCUGCCAGAAACACCGCCGACCCCGGAGGACGCAAGGAACGCUGGCCAUGGCUCUCUCGGCGGGGAGCCUACGCCGACGGGGCCGACGAGCAUCAGAUGUGCCCCUUCGCCCGCGGCGCCUCUCGAGCUACCGGACAUGAGCCCACAAUGGGUUUCUGGGUCCCGUGAAGAUUGGAGCCCUGCUGGCCAGCAAGACGGCGGCUCUUUCGUGGCGUCUUGA